AUGACUACUGAAACCGACGGUCUUACCAGCACGGCACGACCUCUCCAUGCAUACAAACAGAGAAAGUGGCAUAUCAUCGAGUGUCAGCAACAGGAGACAACUGAGCAUCGCUCGGCAACUAGAAUAUCAUCAAAGUUGGCCGUCCGAGGUCACGCCACACGCGACGACGCUGGCACUAUGACAUCAACCAGUAGCAGAGACUAA